GUCUUAUGUUGUGCGGCAUGGCCUCGUCCAAGGUCACCAGUGCGCUGGAGCAGAUUGAGGAAACUCUGGCAUUGGCGACAGCUGUGGACGCAGCCUCGCUGUCAGGCACCUUCGACGGCAGCGGCACUGCAAGCGGCGAUGGCGCGCUCAACCCCUCACCUGUCGCCGUUACUAGCGGUACCGCAGCCGGCCGACCCGCCACCCCCGUGCUCCCUUUCUCCCCCGGCGCAGCCUCCACAGCAUCAGGCCCUGCUGCUGCUGCUGCUGGCGGCGGCCUUACCUCCCCAACCCUCCCGGGCAGCACCGCAUCAGAGACGCCUCGACUGCUGCUGCAUUCGUCAACGCGCCCUCAGACGCCCCUGGGAGGAGCCCUUGGGACGACCCCAGCAGCUGCAGCAGCGGCAGGCGGCGGCGCCGCGGGCUUCCUGGCAUCCUUCCGUCUGUCCCGCCGCCCGCCCCGCACCUCAGAACCCAACAGCCGCCACCAGGCUGCCCACGGAGGAGGAGGAGAGGGCUCACCGGACGCUGCCGCUGCUGCACACCACCACCACUCCCACCACCCCCACCACCCGUUGAUGACGUCACCGCGGACGCCCGCCUCUCAGGCGGAGUCCCUAGCCGCCACCAUCGCUCGCUUCACCGGGCCGCAGCUGACCUCCCUGCUCAGCAUGAGGAGCAACGCAGGUGGCGGCGGCGGCGGCGGCCCCGUCAGCAGCAGCGACCCGCACAGCACCAGCGGCGGAGGCGGGAUGGAGCCGCAGCGGCGUGGGACGCUGGCGGCGGUGGGUGCCGCUGCAGCCUUCAUGAGGCAGCUGCAGCCGCCUCGGAAGCCCCUCCGUCGCUGCAUGUCUGCCCGGCAGCUCAUGUGCACGAUCAAGGGCGGUGGAAGUGGAGGAAGUGGCAAUGCGCUGUCGAGGACGUUGGUUGUACGACAAUCACCUGGGACCCAGGACGGCAUGGGCGGCGGGGAGGGCGCUGGCAGGGCUGGUGCGGGGCCGGGCUUGUUUCCGGAAGCUGGGAGAGGUUUCGGAGCAUCCGCAGCUGGGCUCGGGAGUUCGGGUCAGCUGAAUGCAACAGCGUUACCGGCCGUGGGGCUCUUCGACCCUCGGAAGGGCGCCAGUCGUGAUGACGUAAGCGGCCCAGCAGCUGGCGCUAAGCAGGCGGAGGGUGGCGCGGAGGGUGGGAUGCCGGCGACGACGUCAGCAAUAGCGCCCCCAGCGGUGGCAGCUGCCCCUCCCACGAUGCGGUCCGCAUUUGCACUUUACCAGCUACAGCAGCCGACCGAAGGAGCGCCCGCCGUCGACCUGACGUCAGUGUACGAAUGCCUGGCGGCGCUACUUCCGCCCGCCCAAAUUCCGCCGCCGUCGGCAACGGCGACGUGCGUCGCUGCCGCGGCCAUGCACGCCGACGCAUCGUCGACAGCACAGCAGCCAGCACAUGAGGCCUCCGCUGGUACGGAAGCACACCAACCUGCUGCCAGCAGCAGUCACUCAUCUAUGCAAUCGGGGGCAUCAAGUGCAUCCCCCGGGAUGACGACGGCGACGUUGGCGGGGGAGCGGCUGCAUGUCGCGAUGAGGCCGAUGACAGCCGCCGCGGUGCUGCCAGCGUCGGCGUCGGCUGAGGGAUGUACGGUCGCCGGGGGUACGGCAAUAGAUGACGUGACGUCAGCGGCGGUUGACCCGAGCUGUGAAAUGCGUGUGAUACGCCUGGAGGGAGUUGGCCAUUGGCUGACGGAGGAGGAAGCCGCGAUGAUGUCCUUCGCGUCUGGAGCGUCCAUCGCCGCCGGCGGUGCGACUUUGGCAGCACCCUCCGAGGCAUCGCUCCCGACAGGCUGUAGCUGCUGCGGCGGCGGCACUGACGGCGACGUCGAAUGCGAGGGUGACGGGAUCCCCCGUGUGCUGUCCUGCAUCCUGGAGGCACCGCUCCUGGAGGAGGCCUCCUCCUCUCAGGAGUUGUCCUCGCCCGAAGCGGCUUCCGCAGCGGACCUGCGGCGCCCCUCGCUGAGUUCCGUGUUCUCCAUGCACGCAGCCGCCGCCAGGUCGGUUAGCAACCUGCCGGCGGAGCUAGGGCAGCUGUCGGACUCGUUCGGGGAGGCGAAGGUGGAGAUGGAGGGGGAUCAAAAUAGACCAAACGUGGAGGCGGAGACGGAUGUGGAGGCGGAGGUGGAGGCGGAGGUGCGCCAGGUUGACAGCGAGGCCAUGCGGUCGGCGGGGCCAAUGGAGGCAAGUGGAGAUGUUUUUGCUGGCACUGACAGCGAGAAGGGCGACGCGGGCGUCAGACCGGGAGAUGGGGAGGCCAGUGGGAAAGCCGUCGGCCUCAUUCCUUUGCCGGCAUUGCCCCCGCAUCAGCAGCAAUCCCUCGAGGGUGACGCUGAUGACGUAGCUGGUGUGGGUCCAGCGGAGGUGGGUCCAGCUGGGGAGCAGCAGCCAUUGCAAGGCCUGCUGUAUGCCCCUCCGCAGCCCCAGCAUCAGCCGCAGCCGGAGUGUCAGGCCGCAGGGGUGCGGCCCGGGCUGCAGCGCAGGACGACACCCGUGCUGUUCCCGGCGCCGCAUGCGGACCGUCCGGCCUCACCCCACCCGGCGAGUGUUAAAGAUGCAACGGUGGUGGCGGGUUGUACGACGGAGGUGGUCGCUGCUGAUGCGGCGGAACCGCCGGAGGCGGAGGCGGUGUUAGCGCCCAGGAUCUCCUUCGCACCUGAUGAUGACGAAGUGCAGCCGGAGCCGGACCUAGGGUUUCGGUCUGUGGAUUUGGGGGACGAUGAUGAGGGGCUCAUGAAGGGGGCAGGAGCGACAGCGGAGGCGGAGGCGGCGGGAGACGACGCCCAAGGAGAUGAAGACGCGGACGUCGCCUCUGCUGCUGCUGCAGGCGGCGGCAGCGAUCCGGUGCUCGGACUGGCGGCGACGCUGCGAGGCUUCGGCAGCACCGUACUCGUGCUGUCGCGUCCGGAUUCCCGUUACGAGGAGGAGGAGGGCGGCGGCAGAGGAGGGGAGCAGCCAGGAGCGGUAGGCCAGCCCGGCGGCGGUAGCGGCGGAGGCGGUCGUCGUGGCUCCGCUGGGGCGUAUAACUACUCUCGCGGUGGCAGCUGCAGCCUGGGCGGUGUUCGGGGUCAGACCUUUGGCAGCGUCGUGUCUCUGGCGUCGCUAGCGCCUCCGGGAAGCGGGGGCGGAGGCGGCGGCGGCAGUAGCAGCAGCGGGGGCUCUACUCCGCGGCGGCAGCUCAGCGCCAGCCUCAUGCGGAAUUGUGAGGAGCCGCCGCCGCGGAGGAGGAUGAUGAGUAGCACACCCAGCGUCGGCGUCGCCGCCGCCGCUGGGGAGGUUGAAAGCAACGAUGAACGCGGUAGUGAGGAUAGGAAGGACGAAGGAGAAGGCGAAGGCGAAGAAGACGUGCUGGAAGCGACGGUCGGCGGGUUUGGGAGGACGGUUGCAGAUGCAGCAGAGUAUGAUGCAGAUGGGGAGGAUGAGGGCUCGCCGCGCAUGCCGUCGCCUCCGCCGGCGCCGCUGGUACCGCCGCCGGCCCCGCCGCCGCCGGCGCACCUCCGUUUGCAACUCCCGACGUCAAAUGGAGGCGUAAAUGUCGCUGCUGCUGCGGCUGCUGCUGCUGCUGCUAGCAGUAGCGGGCGAUGGGCGGUCGCGUCGCGGCGGCGUAUCAACCCUGAGCCGCCGCCGGCGGUGCCGUCCGCGUCACAGGCGAGACGGCGGGCUGCGUUGUCGCCAGCCUCGGAACGGCGCAGCAGCUGCGGCGGCAGCAGCAGCAUCCCUGAGUGCAUCACCAUCGCCGCCGAUGAGGCC